AUGGAAUCCCCGCGAUCUCCAAGGGAGUCACGAGUCCUCUCUGCCGACCAGCUAUCAAGGAUGAGCCGGAUCAAUUCAGCAGACAAUAUCAUCAAGCUGAGCCGUAAGAACUCAGUCGACAACAUGGAGAGGGUAGAUCGCAACAAGUCAGCAGAGAGAGCUCCGAGAUUGAACCGGAUACACUCUGCCGGCGACAUCUCUCUCAGUACCAGCGGCAAAGAGUCUCUUACCAUGCCAGGCAUGCUGGACUCUCCAGGGUCGGUCACGACGAACAAGUCAGAGCCAGCGCACAGGUUUGCGAAGCUUCGGAUGAACGGUUCUUGGAAGCACAUGUCCAAGAGCUCCAUCAAGGAUCCCAGGCGGAUCCUGUUGGAGGCAGACAGCUGGUUGAGCUCCAUCAGGAUCGCUUCCGGACAACCUCACAGGAAGGAGGCCGGGGAUGUUGGAUGGGAGAAGUUGGCGCAACAGCAGCUGGCAAACAUUGAAGAGCUGAUCCCCAAGACCCUCUCCUCCUUGAUCCCGGACUCAGUUCAGACAGCCCUCUCCAAGGAAGGAAGAUCGCGGGGUACACCCCUCUCCGCUGCUCGCCCUUCCGCUUCUGAGCCCGUGCUGGCGAAGGACCUGGCUAAGGGCGGCCAGGAGGCCGUCGAGACUCGCGAGAGGAGAAAGCCCAAGAGACUCGAUGACAUCUACGAUGACAAGGUCACGUGCCAUGGCUCAGGUGGGGACGAGCUGCUUACAGACUCAAGAUCAGCUCCCAGCCUGCACAAGAACAACAUCAACCGCUGCGGCACAAGUCGGGAGGGAUAG